AUGGCGCAGCAGGUGCUUGAGCGCGACCCGCUGUUCAGACGGAUGCGCAUGAAGCCAGAAAACAAGGUGUGCUUUGACUGCCCGGCCAAGAACCCGGCCUGGGCCUCGGUGCCGUACGGCGUGCUCAUCUGCCUGAACUGCGCGGGCGUGCACCGCAGCCUGGGUGUGCACCUCAGCUUCGUGCGGUCCACCACCCUGGACUCCUGGACGGAGGAGCAGCUGGCGGUGAUGGCGGCGGGGGGCAACGGCCGCGCCCGCACCUUCUUCAAGCAGCACGGCUGGGACGAGCUCGGGGGCGGACUGGGCAUCCGUAAGGCCGCCGUGCGAGUGGAUGACUCGCUGUUCGAGCAGGAGCCGGCCGCGCCAGAGGAGGCGCCCGGCGCGACCAACGGCGAGGGCCGGGCGACCGGGCCCAAGGGUCAGGCCCACGGCAGCAAGGACUUUGACGACGAGGACUUUGGCGGCGCACAGGCGCCCUCGUCGCGCUUCGACCUGGACGCGAUGGAGGAGCGGGCCCGCCCCCCUGCUCAGCGCGGGCAAGACGGCCACCUGAAGCUGACGUCUAACGACGACUUCUUCAACGACCCCCUGGGCUCAGACGCCGGCUGCAACUCCCCUGGCGGUGGGGGCUUCGGCGGCGGCGGAGGCUCUAGCGGCUGGGGCCGCGCCUCCCGCUCCGUGCCCGCCGGGCCCCCGGCCACCACCUCGGACGCGUCGGGGUCGGCCGCCCAGGCCCGCUUCGGGUCGGCCAAGGCCAUCUCCUCGGCUGCCUAUUUCAACCAGGACAAGGGGGAGAACGACUACGAGAAGCAGGCCCGGCUCGCAAAGUUCUCGAGCGCGGGCGCCAUCUCCUCGGAUGCCUACUUUGGCAGGGAGGACGAGUCGCGGCGCGGCGGCGGCGGCCCCGGCGCAGGCAACCUGGACAUGUCGGCCGCGGAGCUGGUGUCCAAGAUCAGCCUGACCGCGAAGCAGGACAUGGCGCAGCUGAAGAACAUGGCCAGCGCGGCGGGGUCACGGCUUUCGUCUCUGGCGCAGGGCUUCAUGCGGGACCUGCAGGGAGGGUACUGA